CAGGAGACCGGGGGGAAAGUGUGUUCAUUAACAGAUUCUAACGCCGUUCCAAAAACCGUCUAAAACGACCUCACUCCUUCCCUCUCCUUCUUCACUGCAACAAAGAAUCAAGUUUCAGUCUCUCGGAAAAAAAGGCUCUGGUUCUCUCUCCAAAACGCCGCCGUUUCGAGAUCGACUAACACUUAGGGAUACGGUUCGGCGAUUUCAAUCUCGUCAGAAGAAAAGAAUACCUGGGUUUUUUUUCUGAGAAUGGUGUGUGGAUUACAUUUCAAGCUAAAACUUUGGAGGAUGUGAGUGAGAAUUUUAGGUUUUCAGUCGAAGUUUAUAUUGAGUUGUGUUUGAGGAUGGGGUCCGCUUGCUGUGUUGCUGCCAGAGACAAGCGUAUAACAAGUGGAGUGGGUAGUGAGCUCUUGCAUAGGAAUGUUCGGCAUUCACCAACAUGGAGCUUUCGAUGGGAUAACCGAGGGCGAGUAGCUGGUGAGGAGACUUCUGUAACUUGGUUUUCAGAUGGAAUAAGUCGGAAUGAUGGAUCAGAUAUAAAAUAUGAAUCGGCAUAUGCAUCAGAGGAGGGAAGUCCAUUAGAUAGUUGUCCGAGACUUACAUGGCAAAAGUCCCCAGUUUCUGAAGGAACUACUGCUGGGAAUGUGAGGACUCCAAAUUCAGAUCAAUCUAUUUCAAGAAAUGUCUCUAUGGAUGUGAGCUUGGAACAGAUUAAGGAGUCCUCAGAAUCCUCAGCAGUUUCACAUCCAUCUCCCCCAAAAUUAUCAUUUUCAGUGCCAUCAACUUCUUCGUUGUUGGCAUCCCCUUUAUCAUCCCAACAUCAUCUGUAUCCCACCAGUUCAUCCACACCAAAGUGGCCCCGUCAUUCUCCUGGCCAUCCACUCCUAAGGCAGGUAUCUGAUAGCCAGAUCUCAGGAUUGAAGUCAUUGAAUGGAUACUCCGUUAGUGAAGAAAGGCCAGUGAUCCCAUCAUGGAGCAAUGAAUCAACUGGGGGCUCCCAUGCUGGGUCUUCAGAUGGUUGGUCCAUGCAUGCCUUUUCUGAACUCAUGGCCACAUCUCAUAAAGAAAGGUGGUCUUUUGAUAACGAGUCCUUGGGCUUUAGUCAUGAGAAGAUAACCAGAUCCAAUAGCCGAAUUUCAGCUGUUGCUUCUAUUGAUAAGCAAACAUGCGGUGCUUGCUCUAAGCUGUUGUCAGAGCUUGCUGUGGUUGCAGUUCUAACCUGCGGGCAUGUUUUUCAUGCUGAAUGUUUGGAGAAUAUAACUGCUGAGAUUCACAAGUAUGACCCUGCAUGCCCAGUUUGUAUUUUAGGGGAGAAAAAAACCCUUAAGUUGUCUGAAAAAGCAUUGAAAUCGGAGAUGGAAUCAAAGGCUAGAAGUAACAAGAGAUCAAGGAACCGGAUUGUGGAUAGCAAUCUUGAUCGUAACUCUUUCAUGUUGGAUCACCUUAAAAGUAGUCAAAAUGAAGGAAAGAGUUCCAAGAUUGCUUCCACUUCCAGCAUGAAAAGCUCCUUAGGAAAGCCUUUCUUGAUGCGACACUUCUCCUUGGGAUCAAAAGGGAGUAGGUCCCCAUCAGAAAAUCAUUCUACAUGGAAGAAGGGGCUUUUCUGGACCAAAUCUAGCAAAACAUGAACUGCUUCUCCCUGUAAAGAGAUGCCAAUGUUUGAUCCUUUCUGGAAUCUCAGUUAGAUGAGGAGUGGUGGCCCUUUUUCAGAUAUUUAAAGAACAAAUCUUCAUACAGACUUGGAAACUUAAACAGAAUUAGUUACUGGAAUUACUUUGUACAGAAGUAAAAAGAAAUAGAUAAAGGGGGUAAUUAUGCAAAAGAAAGAAGUUUGUAGAAUGAAAAUGCAUUGUGAAACUAUUGGUCCUCUACUGUACAGAUAAAUUUGUUUCUUGCUUGGACAAAAAUGAAUUUUAUUCUAUUGAAUUUGAAACCUCUGUAUGGCUGGCUGGCUGGCUGGAUUGUAACCUUACCUUGAUGGGUUUGUUGUUGGAUGACGUCUUGGGUGAUCUCCUUUGUAAAUGGAGAACGUAUUGGUCACUUUAAAGCAAAUACGGGACCCUCUGUAUGAUAAAUUGAAAUUCAGUUUGUUAUAUGCUCUAUUUGAUCG